AUGCGUCUAAAAGGACUGGCACUCAUUCUUUGUGGAAUAGGAUGCUAUGAGGGUGCCAAAAUCCUGCUCCUUACUGGCGCGGUGUAUAGCCACUGUGCGGAGAUCAGUGGUGUCGGGCACGCGCUGCUGGACAAAGGACAUUCCGUCUUCAUCCUCCUCGACGAAACGUUCGACCACAAAAACUGUUUCAAUAAUGGUCGGAACGGUAGUGGACGAAUUCAGCCCAUUGUCAAAAAACUUUCUCCUGAAGUAGAAACAUCUGGCAAAAUACUGGGUACAAUCACUGAGGCCAUCAAAGCGGACCAUGGGUUUUCGUUUUUCACACAUUUGUCUCUCGUUCGAAAACUGUCACUACUGUCGGCUGUUAAUCUGUUCUACGAUCAGGUGGUGAUGCAGAGGUUAAAAAAGGAGAAGUUUGAUUUGGCCAUCGUUGACACAGUACCAUUUGCCUAUUGCAUCUUCCUUCUGCCAAUGAAACUCGGAAUACCCUACGUUGGAAUCAGUUCAAAUCUGGAGGAUUUCGUCAGUGGUCGGCCGUUCCUACCAAGUAUUGUUCCGAACACCCUGUCGAAAUUCACCGAUUCCAUGACGUUCAUUGAGAGACUCUCAAAUGCAGCCAAAUAUGUUGGGGUAAAUUUACUCGGUCGGUUUUCUCAGGCCAUCGAUGUGUUAGAGAAAUACGAUCCGGACAUCUCAAGACAGGGCUUAAUAAACAUUGUCGCCAAUUGUAAACUUUUCCUCUACAACUAUGACCCUGUGUUGAGCUAUCCAGUCCCGCAAAUGCCCAACCACGUUUUUAUCGGUGGUAUUUCGGCCCGACCCGCUCACCCGUUACCCAUGACUUACACCAAGUUAUACAACAAUUCACCCAAAGGCGUUGUAUUGGUCACGUUUGGUGGAACAGUGGGAAGCCUGUCUGCUGAGGUUGAUGAAAAGCUGAUACCGGCUUUCCGCAAGCUUGACGCCACAGUGUUGUGGAAGCAUGCUCAAGAAGGGGACGAUGACAACAUCAAACGCUUCACUUGGGUCCCUCAAAACGACCUCCUGGGUCACCCACAAACAAAGGUUUUUGUGAGUCAAUGCGGAACAAAUGCCGUGUUUGAGGCCCUCUAUCACGGGGUGCCGCUCGUCUGCACUCCUAUUUUCGCCGAUCAGUUUUACAAUGCUGAACGCGUAAAGCACUGGAACGUUGGUAAAUCUCUUCCUCUCUUAACGUCAACGGGAGACGAUAUCUAUGAAGCGAUUAAAGAAGUAAUGAUCGAUCCGACGUAUAAGAUGAGUAUGAAAAGAGCCUCGGAAAUGUACCAUUCGCAGCCCAUGACGGCUCGAGAGCGAGCCGCAUUCUGGGUGGAACAUGUCUUGAAAUUUGGAGGAGACCACCUUCGGUCCAACGCCUCUGAAAUGUCAACGUUUGUCUUCAUGGGAUACGAUAUUGUUUGUUUUCUUCUUGUAAUACUUAUAUUUACCGUAUUCCUGUCGCUGAAGUGCAUUUUUGUGUUAUUAAAAUUUUGCCAUAAAAAUAGAAAGAAAGAAAAAAAUAGUUAGGUCAAAAUCAACACAAAAUCAAAAAAAAAAAAAAAGGGAAAAAAAAUUAGAGGAUGAGGGUUCAAAAAUAUUUUGUGCCUUCAACAUUGGGUUUAUGUCCACUGCGAAAGACCCAUCUACUUAUUCCGGCAACUACAUGUAGGAACAAAAACCUAUACUUAAGCCUACUCCCAUCGCUAAUAAUCCUAUCUCACCUGUGUAGUAUAUUUGUGAUGCCAUAAUUGUUAAAUGGUGUUCUUUUUAAAUGAUGACUGUUCUGAGCCAAGUGUUGUAAUUGGUCAAUAUACUUCUCCAAACCAUGCACCAUUUCAUUUUGACAAAUUCCUAUGGUCAGGUCUCCAGAACAUACCUCUAGAUCCAGCUGGGUGGACUUUUGCGGUUAAAAAAGGCUUGAUGAAAAAUUUUUUGUCCACGAUAGAUACAUAAUUUGAUUCUGUAGGUCUGGAAUUGGGAAGAUGCUUGAAGGACAAAAUCGCCAGGACAAGAGGUAUUGUCUCCGUAUCAGCCCCUUACGGAUAAGCUUUGUGGUUCUCUCGUGGCCGAUGUUUUUGAGACAUCGGUGGCAAAAACCAUGCAGGAACGCUCGUAGGACCCCUUUGGUGGCCUUCCCUGCAGACAAUCUGCCUUCAACCAUAAUGACAUUUAUCUAUAGGUCAGAUGUGUGAAAGUUUGGCAGUUACGUGUUUACCAAAAGUGGGUGGUUGUGCUGUACUGUGGAAAGGUGUCAGAUUUGCAUACACAAGACAUGAAUAA